AUGGCAACUCCUUAUGUCCCAGUUCCUAUGCCCAUAGGGAACUCUGCUUCCACUUUUACAACCAACAGAAACCAAAGAAGUUCUUCUUUUGGGAGUAUCUCAACAAGUUCAAACUCUUCCAAAGGCCAGUUAGAGGACUCAAAUAUGGGUAAUUUUAAACAGACAAGUGUACCUGAUCAAAUGGAUAGUACUUCAUCUGUCUGUAGCAGUCCCCUCAUUAGGACUAAAUUUACAGGUGCAGAUUCUUCCAUUGAGUAUUCUACUAGACCAAGAGAAAGUGAGGAACAAAAUCCUGAAACAGUGUGUUUGGAAGAUAGACCUUCUACACCUACUAUAUUGGGUUAUGAGGUGAUGGAAGAAAGAGCCAAAUUUACCGUAUAUAAAAUACUAGUAAAGAAAACCCCAGAAGAAAGCUGGGUGGUUUUCAGAAGAUACACUGACUUCUCUAGGCUUAAUGAUAAAUUAAAAGAGAUGUUUCCAGGCUUUCGAUUAGCACUUCCACCAAAACGCUGGUUCAAAGAUAAUUACAAUGCCGACUUUUUAGAAGAUAGACAAUUAGGAUUGCAAGCGUUUCUUCAAAAUUUAGUGGCUCACAAGGACAUUGCUAACUGCCUCGCAGUGAGAGAAUUUCUUUGUCUGGAUGAUCCGCCAGGUCCAUUUGAUAGCCUAGAAGAAAGCAGGGCUUUCUGUGAAACUUUAGAAGAGACAAAUUACCGUUUUCAAAAAGAACUACUUGAAAAACAAAAAGAGGUGGAAUCACUGAAGAAACUGCUCAAUGAAAAGCAACUUCAUAUAGAUACUCUAGAGAACAGAAUUAGAACAUUGUCUUUAGAACCUGAAGAAUCACUGCUCAUGUGUGGAACGGAAGGUGGACACAUCCCAAAGGUGGAGUCCUCUGCACCUGAGGUUGAUGGAGAUGAUUUACAUGAAGAAUCUAGAGCUGAUGAUAAGCCAUGCUUAAGUUUGAGUGAACCUGAAAAUUCUGUAUCAGACAUAGAAGUAGCAGAAGUGGCAUACAGUGCUGAGGACGACUAA